AUGACUUCUUUGAAAUCACGAUCUGAGCUUAUUGAUCUCCUUAAGACUAUCCUCAACGCUCCAAACGAGACAAAAUGGGAAACUCUGGAAUCUUUAUUUCAGCCGAGUAUGUUGAUCGACACAACCUCUCAGUCACGCGAGAAAUUUAUCGCAAAUCUGCGUGCCGCCAGUGGAGUAUCAGUGAAACUUGAUAGUUGUGUGGUGGACGUCAACGCUCAAGCCGUUGCUGGGCGAGUCAUCAAGACUGAAACCCUCCCAGAUGGUGAACGGCAUGAGUGCCAGGAGAUAAUCCUCACAUGGUUUGUCGAUGGUCGCUUGGUAACUCUCAAGCGACUCAAAGACGUUGAUUCUCGGUCUGCAAAACAAACUGCAACUCCUUCGACGUUGGAAGAACAGAAACCUACUUCUCUCGACCUUGCAGCACUGUACCGCGACUACAUCAAGAGCAUUAACGACAAGACCAUGGAAGCAAACUUUGACAAGUUCUGUCAUCCAUCAGUGACACAUAAUACUGUGAAGAAGACUAUCGCAGAGUACAUUUCUCUGAUUUCCGAGAGUCAAAGUGCAAUUCAAGGGCUGUACUUUGAUAUUCAAGACCUCAUCGUCGAUAAUGAUGCGGGAAGAGUUGCAGCUAGAUUGGAGUUUACUGGACUUUCUGUCAAGGCCUGGGCUGGCGCUGAGCCUAAUGGGAAGAGUGUCAAGUUUCAUGAGCAUGUCAUGUAUUGGCUUGAUGAAGGCAAGAUUCACUGGGUUUGGUCUGUUGUUGAUUUAGAAACAUAUCGAAAGCAACUCAAGCAGACGGAGUAG